AUAUUUGUCCUUUGACAUACCCAACAACACAACAAUAACAUUGCUCAUCUUACUUCAAAGUUCAGACCGCCAUAGUUCAUAGUAUAAUCUCAUUUUGAAACCACCGCCGUCACCAACCACUGAACCCAAAGUCCAAACCCUACCGUUUUCAUGUCAGCUGCAUCUUUAUUCAGUUAGCUGUUCAUUUUCAAUCAGUCACUUGAGUGCAACUAAUUGGUUAAAAUAUGGUCAAGAGAAAGAAAGAUGCCUCGAAUUCGUAUCCACUAACUAAGGAGGAGUUAUAUUAUGCUGAGGUGCAGAUUAAAUACCACAUAGCAGUAGCAACAGUAAUCCGGGAUAGGUUGGGACCCGGUUUUGAGUUAUUUCGGGGCACGUGUUUCGGACAUUGGCUAGAUGUACAAUCUACAUCUACUGACUCGGCUUUAGUCCAUCUGAUGCUACAGAAUGAAUACACCCCGAUCCCGGUUAUGCAUCAAAACACAUUAUUUUUUCGUGUUGGAGGUCAGGAAUUGCGGUUUGGACCUCAAGAGUUUUGCCUCAUUACAGGAAUGCGAUUCGGUCCUCAUCAUUGGGAAUAUGGAAGGGUAGAUUCAACAUUUCGAGAGAGGGUAUUUGGUCAUGCAGGUAGACCAAAGGUUCGGGAUCUCAAACACGUCUUUCAUCACUCUCUUGAUGAGUUAUCGGACCUUGAUGCAGUACGGAUUUGUCUGUUGAUGAUGGUUGAGGUCGGAUUCAUGGCCAAAAAUACCUGUCUUAUGGUUGACUUGAUUCUUCUAGAACUAGUUGAGGAUCUGGACUCAUGGAACACAUUUCCAUGGGGUUCAUACGUCUGGAACUGUUUGUACAAGCGCCUACAUAAUGCGGUGGCAAAGCGUUCUGCUCGAGGCCGUUAUACACCAACUUUUUAUACGCUUAGUGGAUUUAUUUGGGCCUUUAAGAUAUGGAUCUUCGAGGUUUUCCCUUACGCUAAGACGUUUGCUAUCAAGCACGAUGGGAUUCCCAGAGCCAUCGGCUGGGGCAAGAACAAGUGUAUAUCGUGGAAGCUUGCACUGCCAUUUGUCACGAAAGCCACAGUGCCUGGAUUUGAGCCGCUACCAAUGUUGACACCAACUCCCGAAGAGUGUGCCACUGAUUGGUGGCGGGCAAGCUGUCAGUUUUUUGACAGCUAUGCUAAUGAUUCUUUGCCGCUGUUGAAGACGCCACGCUUAUCAUCGCCACCUCAGCUGUCGGUUAUGGUCCGUGACCAGCUGGCAGAGGACAUUGCUGACCCCACCACUGGUCACCAAAGUACGGGGUCGAGGACGAAUAUGGAGAAAACAAUGGAUAAGUUACAGAAGCCGUUGGUUAUGACACGUUGCAUGAGUUUAGAAGAGCGCGUUGAUGAGCUAUUGAAGGCCAGGCGACCACAUUGUCAAAAGACAGAGAUGCCAACGACCUCAGACUUGUUUGGUCCUUCGGAUCACACAGAGACUAUUAAUGAGGGAAUGGUUUCAUGUCAGUCUGACAUGAUUUGUGUCCAAGGCUACAACGUAAAGCAAAGUGUUGCACCGAUUCUCGAAUCCAUUUUAAAGAAACACGGUGACAUUGCAGCAGAUUGCCUGUUCAAACCAGCUUCUAUGAGAUCAUCUUUCCUUGAGAUCGUUUGCGAAGCAGUCAGUCGAAUUCAAACCAAUGAUGGUAUUCACAAAAUAGAAGAAAUAGAACAGCAAGUGCUAGUUGCAGAAGCAGCCAACGUUAAUGUUUCAUGGCUUCGAGUUCACUUGGACACCAUCCGCGCCAAUAGGAAGUGUUGUUUGCUUAUGGAAAUGAAAGCAAACACAAGUUUGGUUAAAAAAGCCGCCUUAAUGGAUCUGAGAGAGAGUUGCGUGGAGCUCAUGGCUGCGCAAGAACGGUUUGCAAAGGCGGAAAAAUGUGUGAGAGUACUUAAUCUUGUUGAAAAUAAUAUAAAUGAUAACAUCUUGGAAUCUAAAGGUGGUAUAGACUCAUGGGCAAGACAACUAGAUUUGUAGGCUAACUAGAUCGUGCUAGGAUGUGUAAUAAUUACAAGAUUGCCCUGACCCUGAAAUACCUUAUAUAUUCUCAAACGGGGCGAGACCCCCAUUUUCAAAGACGGGGGUUAAAUUGUGUCUGUGUAUAUAGUCGUAAACUCGAGAAAAUGUAAUAUGCACAACUUUGGUAAAACUGUUGUAUCGGAAACACCAUUUCUCGUGCUAUGAAUUUAUCCUUUGUAGA